CGACAUGUCCGGAUUACUUCUGCCGUCCACGCUCCUCCUCGUCCUCCUCCUCCUCCCCGCUCCGGCAGAGCAGUCCCCGGUGCGAGCGCUCGAGCCGAUCCGGUGCGCGCCGUGCACCGCGGAGAAGCUGAGCGCGUGCCCGGCCGCGCCGUCCGGCUGCACGGAGCUGAGGAAGGAGUCCGGCUGCGGCUGCUGCAUGACCUGCGCGCUGCCCGAGGGCGCCCCCUGCGGCGUGUACACCGCGCCCUGCGGCGCCGCGCUGCGCUGCACGCCCCGGCCCGACGACCCGCACCCGCUGCACUCGCUCACGCACGGACAAGCCGUGUGCACCGGCGAGCACCCCGCGCCAGGUGCGUCUCCUCUCUCUCCCGCGCAGUCCCCGCUUGUUGCCGAAAAGUUGAUGCUAAACCAUAACAGUCUCCUUACAGAGGAGGAUCCCGAGCGCGGCUUCUCCCUAUUCCACCUGCUGGGGCUGGAUAGGGCACGAGACCCGGACGCGCUGGAGGGCAUCAAGGCCAAAGUCAACGCCAUCCGGAUGAAGCUCGUGCAGCUGGGUCCAUGUCACACUGAACUUCACUCUGCCCUGGACACGAUCACGGCCUCGCAGCAGGCUCUGGGCGACAAGUUUACUACGUUUUAUCUUCCCAACUGUGACAAGCAUGGCUUCUACAAGACCAAGCAGUGCGAGACGUCCCUCGUCGGCCAGCAUGCACGCUGUUGGUGCGUCUCAGCUUGGAAUGGGAAAAGACUCGUGGGUUCCAGCGAUGUCUCCGAAGAUGACCUCUGCCACCAGGAGAUCGCUCACUGAAUAUUUGGACACCACUAACACACAAGCUGCAUUUUUUUUGUUAUUUUCUUGUUUUUUUGAAGCACUUUUCUUAAUCAGGACUACCUACAAAUACUAUGUACAUACAUACACUAUACUAAAUCUUUUUCUUGGUAAAGAGAUCAAAUUUCUUAAUUUAUUUUUGUUUUGUUUCAUAUCUUCACAUAUUUAUUGUAAAGAAUCAUUUGACAAGUAUUUAUAUUUACCGAAAUUGUAUUGUUACUGUCGAUAUUUUAUUUUUAUUUAAUUUUGCUAUUGUUUAAACUGAACGACUCCACUGUGACUCAGAACUUGCAAUAGAACCGUGGGCCAUAUUAAACACCCAUUGCAACACACACACACACACACACACCACUGAAAGAAAGGCAGAGUUGCUUUGCAUACUUUUAGUCUCAGCCCAAUUUAGAAGCUUUGUACUUAAACAGCUUCACCAUUCAUUUGCUUUACGACGUGUCGAUUCGGCCGACAUUCGCACAAGCCUGCUAAACUUUCUGCCUCGACCUGCGACGCCCGUGUUUGUGAAUUUGUCGGGGCUGUUUUUCGUUUCUUUUUUUUUUUUUUUUUUUUUUCCUGCCCCUAGAAGGAAUAGCUCUGGAUUUUUCCACUUACACGGGACAACUGCCAAUUGAUCCCAGAUGUUUUGAAGGAGAUCGCAGAUCUGGCCCGUGUUUGUGACUCGUACACAGCUUCUACCUCUCCGGAGUGCAGGUUCUUCUUUUCCUCAGGUCCCUCUCUCUCUCUCUCUCUGUCUGUCUUCUGUGCCAUCACUCUGGAAAUUACUUCCCCGUUCCUUUGAGUAUAUGAAAAUCUCAGAUACGUUGAAAUAAAAAAAAGAAAGCAAAUGGACUUCCUGUUGGUUUGGAGAGCAGGAGAUAUGAGGCCAAUGGGAUUCAGAGUAGUUGCAAGCAGGAACGCUUUAUGAAUAUGGUUCCAACCUUGCUGCAUGCCAGGACAUUUUUACAGAGGGAAAAAAAAGAAAAGAAAAAAAGAAAAACCAGACAGGGAUUUGUAAACCCAUGUUGCGGGCGUGUCUCUUCUUGGCUCUCUGCAAAAAAACACAUCCAUCCUUCUAUCCAUCCGUCUAUCUAUCUAUCUAUCUAUCUAUCUAUCUAUCUAUCUAUCUAGCUAUUCAGGGCUCUGUCUGAAGUUAACAGAUUUGAUGCAUUCAGGUUGGGGACUAAGAGGACUGGACUACCAAAGUUCUUCUUUUCUUGACUUAAACAUUCACAUGCUGCUACAGUUCAUCUGCCUACCUACCUGUUCUUUUUUGUAGUAAAUGUAGAUUCAUUGUACAUUAUUAUAUGCUUUCUAAUCUCUAUUGUAUACUGUAUAUAUUCUUUUAAUAAAAUCAAUUGUCAUUAUAUCCCA